UACAAAUACAACGUCGUUCACGCGCCCCAGGCGGAAGUGCGCACGGAGAGCUGUAAAUAGAGGCAAACGUGCGCUGAGCGCAGCUAGCCGCCAAAAUGUCCACCGGAGUCGGGAAACAUAAGAUGCUGUCCCUCGGGCCGACAGAGCCGUGGUCCAUCCGGGAGAAGCUGUGCCUGGCCUCCUCAGUGAUGAGGAGCGGAGAUCAGAACUGGGUGUCAGUGAGCAGAGCCAUCAAACCUUUCUCUGAGCCAGGCCGUCCUCCAGACUGGUUUUCUCAAAAGCACUGCGCUUCCCAGUAUUCAGAGCUGCUGGAGACCACAGAGGCCCCAAAACGGAAGCGUGGUGAAAAGGGAGAAGUGGUAGAGACCAUCGAGGAUGUGAUCGUGCGCAGGCUCACAGCAGAGAGGAUAGACGAGCUCAAAAGACUCCUCAAAGACACCCAGGAGAAAUACAGGAAGCUGAAGAAGGAGGUGGAUUUGAUUCAGGCAGGACACAUGGACUCCAAGCUGGAGGAGCUGUGGGUAGAGAUUGAACAAAAAAGGAAACAGGAGGAGGAGGAGGCUGAGCAGAAACGGAGAGCUACAGAAUCAGCCUAUCAGGCACGGCAAGCCGCUAAAAACACAAAGAGGCACCCGAGCAUCACUGUCCGCUCUCCACUGGGGGCUAGUUCUCCCAGCAUGGACCUCCCACAACCUGACACCCCUCAGCCAAUGACAGACGAGUCCUGUCCCAGUCCUAUGGCACAGGGUGUGCCAGUGUUCAUGCCAGUGUCUGAGGCAGCUGGCCCAGUGCAUAAAGAACAAAGCCUGGGUACUCUGAUAGACGAAUCUCCACAGAAAAAGCUCCCAAAUCAGAAAGCCACGCCCCCACCUUCACCUUUGCUGUCUGAGCUGCUGAAGAAAGGAAGCCUCCUAUCAGCCAGCCCCAGACUGGUGGUGGAGGGUGAGGUGGCUGCCGCUCUCAGCAAUGGUGCUCAUGCUGUGGACAUCCAUGUUCCUGCAGCUGUUCAUUCCACCAGCCACGACGUCUCAACAGACGCACCAACAUUAUCGCGUUUGUUGGAAGGCACUCCCGCAGUCCAGAUGCCAGCCUGCGCUGAGCCCUCUAACCCCCCCACUGUAGCCCCUCCUGCUUCUGGACACCACUUUAUACCCAGCACAGGGGCAGAAUGUUCUGGGCCAGAGUCAGUGCUGGCAGUACAGUCUGGGUCGGAGCAGACUGAGGGGAGAGAGGGAGAGCUGGUAGAGGACCUGGUGGCAGUGUCUUACAUGGAGGACGAAUUGGACCUGGAGACAGUGGGGGAUAUUAUAGCCAUUAUUGAAGAAAAGGUGGAUGACUCAGUGGAGGUGUUGGAUGCAGCAGCAGUAGAGGCUGCUCUCUCUCUCUGUGAAGAGGCAGUGGCAGGGGGCCACCCUCUCUCCGACCCUUGGGAAUCUCAGCCUUUUAAAGCACCUGAGCCAGAGACCAGAGUUUUUACUGGUCCCCAGCUUAGCUCUCCCUCACCUGCGCCCACCGCUAUUGUGGUGGAAUCUGUGAUGUUGGAAGAGGUAGGACAGACCGGAAUUUCCGAGAUGCCCACAGAGGAGCCUGAGUCCGCUCCUCCAGCAGUUCCUGGGAAUACACAUGAGCCUGAGACGGCAGGUGAUGAAGAGAGGGACGGAGAGGUGGAUGGAGCACAGGAAGAGGAGCAGACGGAGAACAGAACACCCAGUCCGUCUGUGAAGUGCGAGAGUGAGGAGUGGACGCAGCCCGAAGCUGAGACACCCUGUCUUGACUCGGAGGACAGCUCUGCCUCUGGGAGAGACCCAAAGGAGGUGAAGGAUGAAGAUGGAGGCAGUGAGGUGGAUGCAGAUGAAGGGAUGGAGAUGAAAGAAUGCGGAGAGGGACCGUAUCUUUCAGAGGUAGACCCACCAGCCAGUGAAAGUGAGGACGGGUACGGCACUAACUCCCAGCGCUACACCACUGCAGACUCCACCGCCAGCAGCCCUGCAUCCUCCCAGUUUUCAAUGUGUAGUGAGGAUCAGGAGGCUUUGCAGGCCCAGAAAAUCUGGAAGAAGGCCAUCAUGCUGGUGUGGCGUGCAGCAGCCAAUCACAGGUAUGCAAGUGUGUUUCUGCAGCCUGUAUCUGAUGACAUCGCUCCUGGCUACCACAGCAUCGUACACAGGCCCAUGGACCUCUCUGCAAUCAAGAAGAACAUCGAGACGGGGCAGAUCCGCACGACAGCCGAGUUCCAGCGAGACAUCAUGCUAAUGUUUCAGAACGCGGUCAUGUACAACAGCUCAGACCACGACGUCUACCACAUGGCCCUGGAGAUGCAGCGUGAUGUCCUGGAACAAAUCCAGCAAUUUCUGGCCACUCAGCUCAUCAUGCAGACGUCUGAAUCGGGCAUCAGCGCCAAGAGCCUGCGCGGGCGAGAGGCCAACCGUAAACAAGAUCCUAAUGACAAGAGCCUGAGCCCAGCACACAAAGAUGCACAUUUAGAGCCAGAACCAGCUGCCAUGCCCCGAAGGAAAAGGAACAACUCCAAACAAGAUACUAACAAACAGCAAUCUGAUAGCGGUUACGUGAGAAUGCCAGGUGUAAAUGUGGUCUUGGACGUCCCAAGAAGCAAGAAUCAUCAAUCAAGUAAACGCUCAGCUGUCAUGAAUUUCUAAAAAGGUCAUCUGAUGGUAAGUCUUCAACAUGUUAAGCUAGAAUGUGAGCAGGGAUAAUAUUUGCCAUUGAGAACAGUUCAGAUUUACUAAACACUCAGUUAUACAUCAUUCAUGUAUUGCCACACUGGCACAUAAACCACUGUCCCAGUAUCAGUUUAAAUGAAAUUGGCUAAAAAUCCAGCCAUAAACCUUCUCUGGUGAGAUUUUAUUGCGGUUGUUGGGCAGUAUGUCAACGUGUCGCUGACGGUUUGUGACUGCACCAUCUGCAUGAACCUCUUUCAUAUGCAUGUCUCCUCUCUGUGCCCUCCAGUCAUGUGUACAAAUAUCUAUAACUUAAAAACACACCAGACCUGAAGAAAACCCCAUGUCACCUUUACGCCACCAUCCCCAUUGUCAUCCCUGCCUUGUGUAUUUGUUUCAGUUGAAAUAAACCGUGCAUGUUGUGGUGGUGUGAUGAAUAUGGUCGCUGAGGGGCCAGGUUUCUCAAAACCAGAAGUCUUUAUGUAGCAGAGCAAGCGGUACUUAAGCUGCGUCCCAGAUGACUAUGCACUUACACUAUGCGCUAUGUACUUUAGCAUCUAGUGUAUGAAUGUUAGAAGCAUAGAAUCAUCUCAAAUGAAUCAAGAACAUUUUAUUUCCCAGUCUAUGGCUAAUGAUACCAAACUUCUGCUAUAAGCUGCCACUUUAGCAGCUUAUAGCAGAAUAUGGUGGAUUUUUUUAAAAAAAAUAUUGAAAAAUAUUUUUAAAAAGCACGCAAUUAGGGCUAAUUUAAGACAUUUGUAAGACAAUUUGUCCAAAAACUUCACACAAAAACUGGCUACAGUGCCAUGGUUUCCUUAGUCACGGUGUAUGAUGAGACAGUGAGUUAGGGUCUGUUGAGCUUUUAAAAUAAAAUCAAAGAUUAAAUGAUCUAUUACUGUUCACAUGUUCAUUUUCGACACCUUGUUAUUUUAGUCACAUAUAAAUUUCAUCUGUAUAUGUGAAAUUUAAGGACGUCACCACUAUUUAAUAAACUGAUACUGAAAAAACAGCGGGUCCAUGUGGAUCCAACAGCAACCAGUGUGACCUGGAAACCUCACAAUAAUAUACCACAUCUUCAAAAACGGAAAAAAAGUGUCUGUACGAUUAUAUCAUCGCGAGGCUUUUGGGAAACUUGGCCCUAAUUAUUAUUGUAUUUAUUUAUAUGUUUUUACGGUCAUUGUUUACAGUUGUGUCAGUGGUGUAGUAAUUGUGAAAGGUGUACACACACACACACAUUAGAGAUAUUUUACCUCAUCCUCUCAAUGCACACUUUAUCAAACACAAGUCACUUCACUUUUUUCACAUGCACACACACACACACACAUAAAACGCAAUCGCUCAUCAGCCAUCUGUCUAUCAAGCACUGAUCUGAACUUUCUCAGCUGCAUCCCAGACAAAACACACAUCAGUGGCUUCCCCAAAUUUCAGUAAUUUUUUUUUUUUUUCAACACGCCCUUGUUGAUUUUCCUUCACAAUUUUCCCUUUGUGUAAUUUCUUCUCUUAGUCAUAUGUGCCGCUCCCUUUCCCUACUUUUCUUAACUGAAAUAAACUUUGUCAGAUAAAGGCCAUGGAGAUUGACUAUAUAUUGGCGAAAAAUGUUUCAGAUGCCGACCUGAUAGUUUCCAUUUCACAAUAAAAUAAAAUAAAAAAAAAUUAAUUAAUCUGUGUGUAAAUGUUUUACAGGCCAAACUGUAACAAAAAAAAAUUUAGCUAGAUUUACAAACAUUUCAGGUUUUCAUCUUAUUCGUGUGGACAUUUUGAUAAAGUAGUGAUAGAAGUACUCUUGCGUGUUCACAGCACAGCUGAUUUAUUUUUAGCGACGCCCACAAAAUUCCAUAAAAGGCAAAAACCUCAGUGCUGAAAAGAGCAAGCCGACAACUAAAUGGUAAAAGAAAGCCUCAUAGGUGUGGCGCGAGUUAAAUCCUCCAGUAAUGCAGCUCAGGCACAAACACACAGGUGCCAUUACUUUCCUCCUAAUUUUAAAAGGUUAGACAUAUUUAAGUUAUGGUAUUCUUUUGGAUUGAAUCAUGGAACUAAUGUGAAAUGGUAGAAUAUAUUAAAUAUUUGAUUCAAAGUCAGUGAAUUGAGGGUUACAUUGGCGUGUCUUUUUCAUCUCCUUCAAAUUUACCCAAACUGUAGAGCCAUCGUAGGAGAGAGAAAAGUUUGUUUUUGAACAAACUGGCUUUUCAUGAAUACCUAAUUUCUUAAGUAAACGAUCAUGUGACCCAUUUACAAAUAAAUUCGUAUCCAGUUCGAUAAACAAGGGCUGCUGAGUUUAUACCUGUUUGUAUGUCCAAAUAGGAGCAAUUCAAUUUUAUAUGUUUUAGACAUAUUGGCAUCAUGCAGCAAACCAAUCGAUCUGCUAGCUUGUUCUCCUGGUAGCAGAUUAACACACCUGCCUGUUAGCUAGUGUAUAAAUUGACAGUGUAAAGAGAGUAGGCUCUAAGAGUUUUUACAUUGUGUUUAAUGAGAAAGGGGAGUGUGUCCCUGCUGAAGACUUCGUUCAGAUCUAGAGCUUUCUCCACAGAGGUAUACUGGAUGUGGCAUCGACAAGGGCGUGACAAAAAAAAAAAAGUGCACUGAAACGCACUGUUUCUCUCUUUCGCUUUCAUUUCCAUCCCGCCUUUACUGAGCUCGUCUUUGUGUGUGGGUGUGGGUGUGGGUAUGUGUGUCUACGUAUUAAUACAUGUGUGUGAGCUUCCUCCUGGUCUAUAUCUGAUGAACAUACAAUGCUUUGUCGUGUUCGUGUUUUGUGACUUCCUUUGCUUUCAGACAAAAUGUUCACGAAAUCUCAUUUUCAUAUCCAUCUUCACCAGUCUAUAAACUUUGUGGAUAGUUGCGGAAACCUCCCGAAUAAGAGCUGCGUGGUUCCUGUGACUGUUCCUUAAAGAGCAUCUCCUACUGGAAGAAAGUUGACUUUUUUUUAAAUCCCGUUUUUAUUAGAUUAUUUUAUUAGAUUAUUUUGCAAACACACAUGAAGGUUGGUUUUAGAUGAGAGUGCCACAUUGUGGUGAUGUGAUCAUCGAAGCUUAUUCUACCCCAUGCUGGAAUAUCUGAUAAAUCCAUUCAUCAAGCCUUCAGUAGUGAGAGAUCACUAACACAGUAGUCAGGAAGUGCUGAGAGGUUUAGUACAUAUGAGACAUGUGAAACCAGCGAUAACACUGGGAACCUAAAUACUGAGAAAUUACCAGGGCAACUAAUGUAGUUGUCUUGGUCUAAAACUUUUCCCAAACUUCUGCACAUGUCUCCUUGUGUUUUUGUUAUUCGUUGAGUGUUAAUUCAUUUUUUAAGCUUUCUUUAGGUUUACAAGCUUUUUCAAUAACAUUGAACAUCAACCCAGCACCAAGCAACGACGUAGAAUCUUUACUUUUCCUUGUCUAGUGUGCAUGCCAAGCUUUUCAGUUCACACUAUUCUAUUCACUGCAGUUCAGAGCAUCAUUAAGGUGCUUUCUCACUGUAAAUAAUUAAAUACAGUGUGCAAGCUGUGUGUUGGAUACUCAGGUUAUUUUAAUCAUGUCAAACUUGUUGAAAUAAACUUGUAUGAAAUGACAUAGUACACACUGUGCACUGUUUACUCUAGCGUCUUGUUUAAAAGACAUUUUCGAUAUGUUUCUUCCAUCGGAGUGUCGUCGGCCAUCUUGAACAUUUUUUCUCGUCCAGUGUCAGCACCUGGUAGCCCCGCCCCUCUUCCAUCACACGGAGUUGAGUGUCCGACAUUCCUUACUUCGCUUUUUUUUUUUUUUUUCAGUUGAAUAAA